CGCGACGGCAGGACGUGUUUCGCGUGAAGCUUGCUUGCUAGCGGUUCGGUUUCAACUACGCGCCUUUGCAUCCGUUUUCCGUCUCACGUUGGUGCUUCCUGAUUCGUCCUUUUAUUAUAAUCGUGGUUAUUGCAUGUGGUCUGUGCAGUGUUUUCGUUGCUGUUUACGUCGCAGUUUCGUGCAUGACCUUCCUCACGCGUAUGCAAAACACACCUCAAACUAUUGAAAGGUUUUGCGUGCAGUGGAAUAAUUUACGCGCGUAAAAACGAUCAGUUACGUGCGCAACCGUAGCCGGGGGCGAUUAAAUCCGAAUCCUUCGGGGUUGUGAAAAAACAAAGAUUUCUCGACCCAGCAAGCGAAAAAGUAAGCAACAAACGGAAACCCAUCGUGGGUUUUCCGCAAACAGUAAAGUGUCUUGAUCAUUUAUUGAUCGCAAUCGCAGUCUUGUGUUCUCUAAUCUAAGCGACGCUAAAAAUCAACCGUUGUGUUUGUUUCUGAUUAAAAUUAUUUACUGCUGUGAUCUGGUAAUAAUGUAGCAUCAAUUUAAAGUGAUCGUUUUGUGUACUAGUACUUCUAGCACGAGUGUCCUUCGAAGCUGUUAGAAAUCUUUGUGAAACACUGUUUCAUUAAUCUGCUACCGAAUUCCAUGUGCUGAGACAGCUUUUAUGCAAAAAGUACGAUCGUCCACAAGUAUGCACGGAAGUUGGAAGAAGGAUGCUAAUUUCCAAAACGUAAAUACCUGCAAUUACGACAAUUAAAGUGUGAGUGCAAACGAGCCGCGUGUAAGACACAACACGAUUGCCCCAGUCAGCUUAACCUGCGCCCAACCAAGCCCUUCGACCAACAGGCUUCGACAGCACCAGCAGGCUGGCUUCUGCUUCUGAUGCGGCUGCUUGGCAAGAUUACUGUUAUUAUCGCAUGAAUUAGGAUCAAUUUAUGGUCCAUUCCCGCACGGAACGUAUUGGCGGCACGAAGAAGGGAGUGAAUCGGUGUGGUAUGAUUCAAGUUUGACCCUUUCCGUGUCGUGCCGUGCUGAAGUGUAGCAGUUAAUGCUGAAGUGAGUGGAGAGGAUGUGUAGUCACCACAAGGAUGCAUGUACGGCCGUGUGAUUUCUGACGAUUUGCGGCAAAGUCAAUGUAUAAUGACUACAGUGUGUCGCAGAGUGCCGGAGAUGAGUAGCAUACGAUGUGAGGCAAAGUAACACAAAAGAGCAAAGUGAUUUUUAUACUGUCUAUGGACAUAAUGCCUGAUUAGUAGUGAAAAGCUACAUACCCACAUACAUUAACGAUAAAAUACAAAUCAACACAACAGCAAGGCACUGAAGCAUUCAACGCACUUUGCCUGUUCGCAAUGUAAAUAAAACACUCACUAUCGCUUAAGGCCAGUAUUAGUGAUUUAAGGAAAUCGAUAGCGUUUAGUGACGUAUGGAAGUAGCAUAGUUAUUCUUGUGUGUAUGUGUGUAUGUGCAUUUUCUUGUCUCUGUGCGUGUGUGAGUAACGAAACAAAAAUUCCAAUUCUAAAACUCGUGUGUGCGAAAGCUAUUUAUCCCCCAAACCCUCUCUCACAUCACUUUGACGUUCUUCAACGUACGAUCUCCAGCCGAGGCAAGAUUUCCGUUAUCGAAACCCUCAAGCCACGUAGCCCUUCAGUUCCGGUAGUUGCUGUUGAAAACAGUUGAAGGAAAAAAAAAGCCGUCCUACUGUCGGGGGCCUCCGAAGUGCACCUUCGUGUUUGGAGCGUAGAAGACAGCAGCGUGUGGUGAAAAAUAUAGAAAAAAAUAGCGCCGAUCUAAACGCAACGCGAAGGCAACAACUCUAACGCGCCUUCGCUUCGACCGGAGCGCGCUAACCUGUUUGAAAGGUACUGCACAAAUCGCACCGAACCAGUUGUGUCCGCUGCAAACAACAAAACCUGCCGCCGCUGGUGCAAAAGACUGCGGCUACUGCUACGACUGGGAGGUUCAAGAAUAAUAAUACAAACCCUCCCCGCCUCCCGUCACUUGUAAGGGCCCAUGCGCAGACAGUGGCAGGUAGUGGGCAGGCGUACUAGAGAGCAGCCAGCUUCACGUACGCAGUACCGGUUUGCCAGCUAGCUCGGCACCUGGCUGGGUGUGAACGGAGGGGGGAUCGUGAAAAAUCUAUGGUCUGCACCGAAACGGCGGGGACCUCGAAGAUUGCGCGAACGUUUGUUGGUGGCACUGUGGUCCGACGUUCUAGCCAGGUUGCCGCCGACCAGUCGUCCCCGUCCAUUACUACUACUCUCGCGGUACAGUGGUCCUACCUUCCGAGCACGGUGGAGGCCUGAUUGUGUCCAGCUCGCGAACACGUAUGCUAAAAACACUCCAUGCUCCAAACGGGUACAAAUUAAGGUGUGCAUUUACUCGUACACGUACUCCGUACACGACCAUCUUGGCCAGUUUCUCCGCGUUCUAGAAACGCCUCACUUCCUCGGUUUUUGGUGCGCACCUCCACAGCCUCUCGAGCACCAGCAGGCGACCAAUUAAAAGGGCAUUAAUGAAAACAACCGUCUGGUUGAGGGGACACCGUGCGCGCCGUGUCGAUUGGGUUACCAGCUUUCGCGGACUGUCCGUCGCGCAAGAGUCCUACACGCUGGCGGGGGUCCUAGAGUGCUGACGGAAGUACCGCGGAAUACAUCGAUCGAUGCAUUGGGCUUCUCAAGGCAUUGAGCUUUCGUAAAGCUCUGAGUGAUUGCCAGAAAGUGUGAGUGUGUUUGUGUGUGUUUGUGUGGUUGUAUGUGACCCAAUAUUGAAUCCAACUGACCCCAGCUGCGUUCCCGUUGACCCGCGCUCUAGUGGCAUGAUACCGAAGUGUGCUGCAGUCGAUUGCGGUGAAACGAAUGGGUCCGUGUGAGCGUGUGAUCGUGUAGAAAAUUAUUGUCCAAGAAUCCUGAAAGUGUCUGUUUGAAAAAAAAAGAGAGGGAGUGAGAAAAAAGGUCUAGAUAGAUGGGAAGUGUGCACUUGCGUGUAUGUAGCUGUCCAUUAAUGCUAAUCUCGUAGCGGUGAUUGUCAGUUGGUUCGCCUACCGUUACUGCUGCGACUGCUCGUGAGCAUCAGAAGCAAGCACACCCUAGACCUCUGCAUUCGUCGUUGCAUACACUCUCCCGGAUGUUUCGAUGCAGUAGUGCUGGUGUAACCGAUCGACAUCGGUGAUUUGCCCUUCUUCUUCAUCAUCAUCGUCAUCGUUCACCUAAACGCUGGAGUUACAGUACGCGAUUGCUGUUGUGGUCAUCGUCACUGUCAUCGCACAAGGAUUAUCAUUUUGAUACGGCGUACUGGAAUUUUAAUGGUUUACAUGAAUGGACUUGGCAAUGACCCUCUGUCUGCAAAAGAGGCAGAGGGCCCACCAGUCCAGCUAGAGCCCGUCGAUCUCAGCGUUCGCUCCCCGCCAAAAGAUCUUAAGUCAACGUCGGUCCGAAUGCGAAGCGGGGGACUCCUGAAACGGCCACCACCACCACUCAUCACAGCACCACACCUGCUAGCGUUAAGGCACAAAACGAAAGAUCUAUUUUACUCACUUCACAACAACAACAACAACAACAACAAUGAGGAAACUGAAAACGAAAGCACGGACAGUAGUGAGUCGACGGCAACGGCCAAGAUUGCAGCUGCGGCCGCUGCUGCAGCCGCCGCAACAAUUGCCGCAGCAGCGGCCGCCUCGCAAGCACCUCCCUCCGCCUUCUCGCCGACGCACGCACACCAUCUCCUGUCGACGCUGUGCGGCACCGGUAGUGCCAUCGUACCAGGCCAAUCGGAAACGCCUGGCAACAACGGUAGCGCCGCCGACGGUGCCACAGCAGCAGCCGCAGCAGCAGCACUCAUCCUAGCCGAGAAUAACAAUAGCCUUAGUGUGAAUAACAACAACUAUCCUAGUGAAAGCGACCUUGAAACGAAACCGAGUACCUUCCGGGGCGAGUCGACGACCUAUCCUACUAUCUACAACAACUACUGUGUUCAGCAGCGGGGCAGCCCAACGCAACGUACGAGUUCGGAAAGUCAGAGGAAAAAAUCUCCAUCCACGGGACUGGGUAGCAGUGGUACUGGUGGUGGUGGUGGAACAUAUCCGAUACAACACCCACAUCAUCAUCCUCACCAUCAUCUCUUUCCGCCACAAUUCCUGCAAGCCUUCUCGGUGCAUCAACUUCAGCAGCAGGAAGAACAGCUGCUGAGCCACCGUCGAGCACAGUCGCCACUUUCGCUAAUGUUCGAUCAACAACUACAGGAGCAGCUGCACCAGCUCUCCGCAGCAUCCGUCGUACAUCCGCCGUCCGUGGCCAAACUGUUGCCCGGUAUACCAGCACCGCUGGCGGCAUCGAUUGCAUCCAUCGCGUCUAGCUUACCGAAAAACCAUCCGCUUAGCGAGACUGCCACUGUUGCAUUUCAGCGGUUGCUUCAGCAACAACAACAGCACCAGCAAUCGGCCACUGUGGCUGCAUCAUCGCAGUUAGGUUCGGGGCUAUUAUCAUCCCGCUCUCGCAACAGCACAAAACCCACCGACCGCAGUAGCAGUCCGGAUCGUUACAUCGGCAAGCUAACGGACCUUCGGCAGCGAACCGCUUCCAACAGUAGUUCCAAUGGAGGUGCCGCCGCCAGUGGCGAACAAGCGGCCACGCCAUCAUCCAAACGGCACGCGGACGAUGGGAAUGGACAUAGCAGCAGUAGUAGCAGCAGCAGUAAUAACAACACUCCUCGCCAUCAUCUUCAUCUUGCAUCAGCCUCACCGGGACUGCUGGGACUGGGCAGUGAGCUUCGCCACCAUCAUCAUCAUCAUCAUCACAAUCAUCACCAUCACCAUCAAUCGUCCUCCUCGCUAUCCUCGUUGAAAGGAUUGACGAAGAAUCGGAAGAUCCACCGCUGUGAUGCAACUGGUUGUGAUAAGGUGUACACGAAGAGCUCUCAUCUGAAGGCACACAAACGAACACACACUGGUGAAAAACCAUACAUCUGCACAUGGGAAGGCUGUGUUUGGAGAUUUGCCCGAUCGGACGAGCUCACCCGCCACUACCGGAAGCACACCGGAUUGAAACCCUUCCGCUGUAAGCUCUGCACACGUUCCUUUAGCCGUUCGGAUCAUUUGUCGCUUCACAUGAAACGACACUAAAAAUGUGUUACUAUUUCGAUGAUUUCGCCCCGCCCAUCCAACCCCUACACCAGAGUGUAUAUCAUCCAUUCGAUCUAAGAAGCGUUGUGUCCGCCCUAGUCCCCCCAAACAUUGCACCACGCUGUGAAGCAAAGGACGGAUAAGGGGGACACUGUCGAUGAAUCUCAAUAAUUGUGUACUACGGUUAAGUUAUUGAUAGGGUGCUUUUAUUUCAGUUUAUCUUUACUUUUCUAGCUUGAUGUAUCCUUCGUUCCAGAUUUUCGAUUGGCAAAUUACAAAAAAAAAAUGCAUGACAGCCUCUCUAAUCAGUUUUUAAGCCUUAUGAGGUUUUUUAGUUCGUCAUUUUUGAUUUUCUUACGCGUUACGCGUUUUUUUGUAUAUUUUUACAACACUUUUCACAAUUCCAUGUUAGAGAAACAGAAAUCUUUUAACUAUCAACAAUCUAUUUCUGUGCUUUCUUAUCUUUAAGAUUUUGUUGCCUCUUUGUGCAAACUUUUGCUUGCCAGCCUACAUCAAUAAUGAUAACCGAACAUUCCUAAGCUUUAGUGGAAGUAACGAAACGUAGUAGAAUAGACAGUGACGGGGAAGAGAGUGAGAGUGAGAGUGAGAGAGAGAGAGAGAGAGAAAGAGAAAGAGAGAGAGAGGGGGGGGAGAAUGAACUAGAAGAAGAAGAAGGAAACAAAAUGCUCAUGCUUUUUCAACGAUUGUCAGUAGCAAAACCAUUCCCAAAUGGAGCCAGUUUUAUUUUACAACAAUUAUACAUGUUUUAGAAUAAUUUCGAUUAAGUUGUUAGUGAACUACAGUUUCAUACAAAACAAGAUGUUGAGUAGCGCAAUUGUACUAUAAGUGAAUAAUCCCGUAACCACCACAUCCAUGACAUUUGACGUUAAAUGCCAGUAGAAUACUCGUUGAAUACGAUUCAUUUCCUACAGUAUAAUACUCCCACAAACAGGUAACAUACCGCAGUGACCACUACCGUUUAGACCAGCUGUAAGCAAUGUGGAAUAGAUGGAACAAUAAGGUAACAAUAACAUAGAAAAAGAAAAGAAGGAGGAGAAGAAGAAGAAAAUAAGGCAAUAGUAGAAGAAGAAGAAAAUAAGCAAUAGUAGUAGUAGAAGAAGAAAAAGAAAGUAGUUAUGAAACAGAAAGCAACAAAAAAAAACACAUCAACAAUGCGAACCAAACGUAUCGCGUAACGUAAAGUGCAAUGACGGAAAAUCCCAAAAUAGUGUUCUAAGAAAGGAGAUGUUUAUUAAUACAUCCAUUUUAUUUUUGUAAUACCGUA